CCUCUGUCUGCAGCUCGCGAUGGGGGGCGUGGCCUGGAUGUGUCAGUGGGCGGGGCCAGACGCCAGCGCAGAGACCUCCGUAACCUGCUGCCUUACGAGGACCAGAUGAUGUCAUAUCCUGCUGCCGAGGUGGAAGGCGGGACCAAAGAUCUCUACUACCAAUCAGACAACUGGAGGAGGCGGGGCCUGGACCAGGCUCUGCAGCAAUUGGUGGAAAGAGACCAGAGGCGGGAGCAAGAGGAGGAGCAGCGAGCAGCCUACCUGGCCGCUUUGCUCCGCCUCCUGAGUGAGGCAGAAAGCACGGGAUUGGUCGGACCAGGCGACGUGGAGGUGGUGGAGGAAGAGGACAACGAGGAGGACGAUUGGGGGCCCCCGGCAGACUUCCACGGGCCGGCCCCUCCUGACUACGAUGAGACGGGAGGACGGGGGCUGGACAUGGGGAGGCCCCCGGCCGCUUGGUGGGGCCUCCUGGAGCCCCAGCUGGCUCAGGCUCUGCUGGACAGGAUGGAGCCUCAGCUGGCUCAGACUCUGCUGGAGAGAGCGAGACAGGAGAGACUCCAGCAGGCUGGACGAGUCUCAGCAGCACGGAGCCGAGGACGAGACCAGGACGCCCUCAGACGCCUGGUUGCUAGGUUACUGUCCAGCAUCGGCCCUGAAAAUGCCCCGGUGAUCUCCUCUGGUCGCCACGUGAGGUGGGACCUGUCCGCCGCUGCACCUGAACCUGUCAGCUCCGCCCACAGGAGAACCCGCCGCUCCUUGGAUGACGAGGCUCCUCCUCCAAGCAGCGACCCCCCUCUGCUGCGAGUCAAGAGGCUGGAGGAGGAGGAGCAGGAGGACGAGAAGCUCCACCCACCAGCCACCGUGCUACAGAGAAUGAAACGCAUCAACGCCAUGGCAACUGCCGGCCUGGAGGAACUGAAUCAUGGGAGUCGUAGGCGCCGAAGGAGAGCCGCCCUAAAUUAUGACCCCCAAAUACUCCUUGAUCAGAUCCUGGAGUACAUGAGGGAGUAGGAGGAGGAGCAGGAGGAGCAGGAAGAGAAGAAGGAGGAGGAAGAGGAGGAGGAAGAG